AUGCCUCCUGAGCCUCAGCCCCCUGCAGCAGCGACCCCUGAUCUGGAAUACGCCGAUAUUCGUGCUGCCCUGACUGCUGCCGCUGGGAAGCAUGCUUUCGGCGUGUACGUGGAGGGUUGUCUGCGGCAGGCACGUCUGAUUCUUGUCGCUGCCAUCGUGGCUGCUGCUGCUGCUGCUGCUGCUGCUGCUGCGGCUGCUGCUGCUGCGGCUGCUGCGGCUGCGGGAUUCUCCGCCGACGACCUCGAAAGGGCCAGAGCUGCUUUUCGCGUCUUGCUGGAAGUCGCUUGCUGCUUACUCCCAGCUGCAGCCGCCCCUGGAGAGGGAGCAGACUGCACUCCAGCGGCCACAGCAGGCGGGCAAGGAGGGUUGCAAACCUCGGUGCUGUUGCUGCUUACGCGCCUUUGCGAAGAAAGCUGGGAUCCCAAUCUCCUAUCGGAGAUGAUUGUGGCAGCUGAGGAACACAGAGCCGAGUUCAUAAGGAAUGCUCUCGCACAAAGGCAGGCAAUGCAGUGA